GUGUGUGAGUGUGUGUGUGUGACGGCAGCCUAAAGACACGACAGACGACCAAGUGUGUUUUUCUCAGCAGCUCACUUCUUCAGAGAGUUUAUCAGUUUCGUUGCCAGUGAAUGUAGAUGCCGCAAAGUGUUUGUGACAUGCCUCAGGAGGAAUAUUAGCAACAUCAAAGGUCAAAAUGGAUUUCCAACACAGGGUAGCGCUGGAUAUCUCCACCAGGAACCCUCAGGAUGAUUUUGAGCUCCUGAUGAGGGUCGGAGGAGGAACUUACGGAGAAGUUUACAAGGCCCGUAACAAGCAGAAUGGAGAGAUGGCAGCCAUCAAGGUCAUCAAGAUGGAACCAGAGGAUGAUUUUUCUGUCAUCCAGCAGGAGAUCGUCAUAGUGAAGGGCUGCAAACAUCCCAACAUAGUGGCUUAUUACGGCAGCUACAUAAGAGCUAACAAACUGUGGAUCUGUAUGGAGUUCUGUGGAGGAGGCUCCCUUCAGGAUGUCUACCAUGUGACUGGUCCUCUGGCUGAGCCACAGAUCGCCUACAUCUGCAGGGAGAUGCUGCAGGGUCUGCACUACCUGCAUGCACAGAAGAAAAUCCACAGAGACAUCAAGGGUGCCAACAUCCUCCUCAACGACCAGGGCGAGGUCAGGCUGGCUGACUUUGGGAUCUCGGCUCAGAUCACUGCCACUCUUGCCCGGCGGAUGUCCUUUAUCGGGACGCCAUAUUGGAUGGCUCCGGAGGUGGCAGCGGUUGAGAUUAAAGGUGGCUACAAUGAACUCUGCGACAUCUGGUCUGUGGGCAUCACAGCCAUCGAGCUGGCAGAGCUACAGCCGCCGAUGUUCGAUGUUCAUCCGCUGCGAGUCCUGUUUCUCAUGUCCAAGAGCGGCUACCAGCCUCCUAAACUGAAGGACAAGUCUAAAUGGUCCCCCAUGUUUUAUAACUUUGUAAAGGCCAUGCUGGUGAGGAACCCGAAGAGGAGACCCAGCGCCUCCAAGUUGCUCUCAAACAUGUUUUUGACCCAGAAGUGCCUGAAUAGGGAGCUGACCCUGGACCUGCUGGAGAAGUAUCGACACCCUGAGAAACACAAGUCUUGCCUGGUGACGGAGGACGACGACAUGGAGAUGAUGCUGCCUGGAUCUUUGAGGAGAAUCCAGUCUAUCAACAAACACAAUCGAGCAGAGAGGACACAAUCUGACAGUAGCGUGGAACAGAUUUACACUCAGAGGCCUAUGAAGAAUGAAUCGCCAAACGCAACAUUAAGACCUUCACUUGGAAUCAGCGACAGUUGCAAGAGUCCAUUGAGGGAUCAGGACACGGACUCAGAGGACGACGAGUAUGACGAUGUGGACAUCCCUACGAUGUCAGCCACCAGUUGCAUAAUGCCAGACGAUCAAACUCCACCUCCUCUCCCUCCGAAGCCUAAAGCUCGGACCAGCUCAGAGGAAAGCAUAGUGGGGGAGGACGAGCGGGUCAGAAAGCCCUGCUCCCUGUACGCCCCCUCCCCUGUCACCAGGACCUCCAGUGGGACAAAGGUUGGACCUAAGCCCCAACCGCGACCCUUGCGACUCUCAGACCCUACAUCCUUACCUGUCCAGUUCUUUGACAGCCCUGCAGACCUCAUUCCUCCUAAGCUCCCCCCUAAAAGCAGACACCUACCCAAACUCGCAUCCAAGAGUCCUGCUGAGUGUGUCAGCCCCGUCAUGAACAAACCUCCUGUCUACUUUAAAAAGAUCUUCCACGGCUGCCCUCUCAAAAUAAACUGCUCGACGACGUGGGAAAACCAAGCCACCAAAGAGCAGCACCUGAUCCUGGGGGCAGAGGAAGGGAUCUACACCCUGACCCUGAGCAGCUCCGAGGCCAUUAUUGAGCUGCUGUAUCCGGGGAAGUGUACUUGGAUCUACACCAUUAAUAACGUCCUCAUGUCUGUAUCAGGUAAAUCCUCACAGCUCCACUCCCAUUCCCUGAAGGAGUUGUACGAACAGGCUCGGAGGGACCAGAGGACGGGUUCCUUGGCGGCUCACAGACUGUUACCAAGGAAAUUUGCAGUGACGUGUAAAAUACCAGACACCAAAGGAUGCAAGACCUGCUCAGUUGCAGAUAACACGCAGCGAGGCUGUGUGUUCCUGUGCUGUGGCCUGGAGUCCAGCGUAGUGCUGCUGCAGUGGUAUGAGCCCAUGCACAAGUUCAUGCUCAUUAAGAAUUUUGACUUCCCCCUGCCCAACCCUCUGCGGGUGUUCGAGAUGGUGACGGUGCCCCAGCAGGAGUACCCGCUGGUGUGCAUCGGCGUCUCUCUGGGAUCCAGCCCCAACAUGCCCAUCAAUGUAGAAUACAUCAACCUCAACUCCAACACAUCCUGGUUCACCAACUCUGGCCUGGAGAGACCAUGCCCUGAUGUAGUUCAAGUAAACCAGUUAAGCAGUAGCUCACUGCUCGUCCUCAUAGAAAAGUCGGUGCAUAUAGUCGGUCUGAAGGGGGAGCUGAAGAGCAACAGGCCUCUACAUCAGGACACCACCUUCUCUCAUGCUAUCGAGUCUAUAGUGUACUUUGAGGACACGCUGCUGGCAGUGUGGCGUCACGGCUGGCAGAGGAGAGGACAAGGUUUCACUGAGGUGCUGGAGGAAACCACCGACCUCAGGAAGAUCUACAGACUGGUGCAGUCCGACAGGAUGGUGGUCCUGGAGACGCGUCAGACUGAGGACCAUACGGGGCUGUCCAACCUCUACGUCCUGGAAAUUGCUGAGAACUACGUCAUGCUGCCCUGACUCUCCCGUCUGCUGGCGUGGGGCAUCACGGAGAAACGCCCACUCGUAUAUGAACACCUCCACAGGACAUUCAUCCGUCAUCAUUACCUCUGACAGGCGUGGAUGCCACAGUGUUUUAUUUUCUUAUGCGAGGAGCGGUGAUAUGACGGAGGGUUAAAUGAUGGCAGGAUGUUGCCAAAUUGGAACUGACCAAAAAGGAAAGUUGUGUUGAAGCCUCCAAUCUGAAGGGAGUCUGCUCUUAUUUAUGCUGAUUUCAACCUGUGUGAUCAAAAAUAACCUCCAGAAUCCAGACAGCUGAGACAACCCUUAAAUGAACAGUGAAGGAAGGUCCUCCUCUAACACUAAAGAGGAGUAUCUACUUUCUCCUGCAGGGACUGAAAUAUUUCCGAUAACGCCUGGAUGGACUCUUGCUGUGUAGUUUGUAUGCCAGUGUUCAAGACACACACUUCUCACUGCUGUUGAAUUGCAAUAAAGUUAAUGAACACAAGAUGAGGUGACCUGUACUGAUCUUGGGGCGUAAAUGGAUAAUAA